AUGCCUGCUGAGAAGGCUGAGGGUUCCACGUUUCUCCAGAUGGGUGCCUCCCUGGAGCAGCAGAUCGUCUGCAUGUUCAAGUUGAUGGAGGAGUAUGACUGGGGAGACUUUGUAGUAAUCACCAGCAUGUGGCCGGGAUAUGAGACGUUUGUAGACUACGUCCGAUCCUACACGGACACUUCCUACUUCCUAUGGAGGCUACAAGAUAUCCUGUCUCUGGAGAUGUCUGUCGGAACCAGUGACGUCCGAGCCAAACGCAUGUUACAGCAGAUUGAUUCCCAGGUGCUCCUGGCCUACUGUUCCUAUGAAGAGGCCCAGUACCUGUUCCAGGUAGCAGGCGAGGUGGGUCUACUGGGGCCUGGGUACAUCUGGAUCCUCCCCUCCCUCGCGUUGGGCAACACAGAGAGCCCUCCACCUAUCAGCUUCCCUGUAGGACUGAUUGGCGUCAUCACUGACCACUGGAGGAAGAGCCUGAGGCAACGUGUCAGAGAGGGAGUGGCCAUAGUGGCCAAAGGGGCGGAUAGUUUCAGAAGGCAUCAAGGGUUCCUUCCAGAGGGACACAGCGACUGCAACACACCAGUUACACAUAUCAACAACAACACACUGUUCAGACACAUGCUAAAUGUGACAUGGGAGCGUAAGGAUCUGUCGUUCAACAGUGAUGGCUACCUGACCAACCCCUCCAUGGCCAUCAUCGCACUGGACAGAGACAGACUGUGGGACAAGGUGGGUACAUUAGAGCGGGGUAUCCUCCAGGUGCGUUACCCGGUGUGGCCUCGCUAUGGCAGUUUUCUGGAGACGGUAUCAGAUGACCGCCACCUGACGGUAGCCACUCUGGAGGAGAGGCCUUUUGUCAUCGUAGAAAACGUGGACCCCGACACGGGCACCUGCGUACGCAACACCGUGCCUUGCCGACGCCAUAUUGUGGGCCACUCGGAGCCCUACACCAAGCUGUGCUGUAAGGGGUUCUGUAUAGACAUUCUGAAGAAGCUGUCUCGCACCAUUAAGUUCUCCUACGACCUCUACCUGGUCACUAACGGGAAACAUGGAAAGAUGAUCAGUGGCAUCUGGAACGGCAUGAUCGGAGAGGUGUUCUAUAGGAAAGCAGACAUGGCCAUAGGUUCUCUCACCAUAAAUGAGGAGCGUUCUGAGAUCAUCGACUUCUCCGUGCCCUUCGUUGAGACGGGCAUCAGCGUCAUGGUUGCCCGUAGCAAUGGGACUGUCUCCCCCUCCGCCUUCCUUGAGCCCUAUAGCCCAGCGGUGUGGGUGAUGAUGUUUGUAAUGUGCCUGACCGUGGUCGCUGUGACUGUAUUCGUGUUUGAGUACUUCAGUCCUGUCGGGUACAACCGAAGCUUGGUCAGUGCCAAAGCGCCCGGAGGUCCUACCUUCACCAUAGGGAAGUCAGUGUGGCUACUGUGGGGCAUCGUGUUCAAUAACUCAGUCCCCAUUGAGAACCCUAAAGGCACAACCAGUAAGAUCAUGGUGUUGGUGUGGGCCUUCUUCGCUGUCAUCUUCCUGGCCUCCUACACUGCCAACCUGGCUGCCUUCAUGAUCCAGGAGCAGUACAUAGACACUGUGUCUGGACUGUCUGACAAGAAGUUCCAGAAGCCUCAGGAGCACUACCCUCCAUUCCGUUUUGGUACGGUCCCUAACGGCAGUACAGAGAGGAACAUCAGAAGUAACUACCCUGACAUGCACGCACACAUGGUCAAAUACAACCAGAAAGGAGUGGAGGAUGCCCUCAACAGCCUCAAGACAGGGAAGCUGGACGCAUUCAUCUAUGAUGCUGCGGUGUUGAACUACAUGGCAGGGAAGGAUGAGGGCUGUAAGCUUGUGACUAUCGGCUCUGGGAAAGUGUUUGCCACGACAGGCUAUGGUAUAGCCCUGCAGAAAGAUUCCAGAUGGAAACGACCCAUUGACCUGGCCUUGCUGCAGUUCCUGGGAGACGGUGACACCCAGCGCUUGGAGACGGUCUGGCUGUCAGGCAUCUGUCAGAAUGAGAAGAACGAGGUGAUGAGUAGUAAGCUGGACAUAGAUAACAUGGCCGGGGUCUUCUACAUGCUACUGGUGGCCAUGGGGCUCAGUCUCUUGGUGUUUGCCUGGGAACAUCUACUCUACUGGAAACUACGCAAGAAACUAGACAAGUCUCCUCGCAUGGACUUCCUGCUCGCUAUCAGCAGGGGAAUCUACAGUUGCUUCAACGGGGUGGAGGAACCAGACCACCCUAACCUGGCAAACUCAGAUCUGACAACUAACUACGCCCAGGCUAACAUGCUUAAGAUGUUACGCACCGCUAAAGACCUGGUCAACUCUGCCCAGGUCGAGACCUCACUGGACCAUGCCACCAAGACCAUAGAACACUGGGGUCGCCAUGGCGGCAAUCUGCCAGUCCACAUUCCGCAGCAGGUCACCACGGAAAUGGUUCCAGGAGGGUUUUCUCAUGUCACAGAGAACACACACACACACCUGUCCCCCGAGCACCCCCUCAUCCCGCAAUACUGCACGCUGGGUGUAGUGACUUCUCUGAACAGGCAGAAGGGGCUGGCGAGACCCACGCCCCUACGAUACACGCUCCCGGCUCGCACUUCCUCCCUCUACGACAGACCACUUUCUGUUUCUAGUCUCAGUAGCCCUCACCUUGACCUGGCUGGAGUGGACCCCCUCUCUUCCUACUCUCAACCCUCCACAGGUAGGCUGUAUGUGGAGCCCCAGCACAUCUCCCACCCCCGCUCUCCUUUCAUCCCCUAUAGUGAGCUUCAGCUGCCAGACAUCUACCCCUUCUCUCACCACCCCUCUGCCAUCUCCCAUCCAUCCCACACAGAACCCUCCAGGAAGAAUAGGAGGAGCAAGAGCCUCCUCUCAGGGGAAUCAGGAGGAGGAGAGUGGAGGAGGCGCAGGGCGGAGAAGACGGUGUGUCUGGGUGAACUCCGGGCCAACCACCUCCAGGAGAACAACGUCUCGCCCCAGAUGCCCGACUCCCUGUACCCAGGAACGAUGCUCUGUCCUGGGGUAGAAGGCUGCGUUGGCUCCUGGCCUCUUCCCUUGGAGGAGCUGGUUCUGGCAGGCAGACCAAGGCUCCACCGACGGCCAUCUUUCCUCCGAGCCACCUGGGGGAGUGAGCGGAUUCUCCAGCCGGACGAAACUCUGCCUACAUCCCUUGAUUGCCAAUCACAUUCUGCUUUACCAGACCUGUUCCCCUGCGUCAUGGCCGACCAAGAAACUCCCACUAAACUCUACAACCCCGCCCCCCUCCGGAACAACCUAUGCUACCCUGCCACCUCAACUCGCCAGCAUGCGUAUCUCCAUAUAAGGCAGGACCAGAGGAAAGGGAACGGACGUAAGAAGCUGCGGUACUCAAACUCCACCCACCUGCCCACCUACAGGGAGGCCAUGCUGGGGGGUCAGGGAGGCGGAGGGGGGGUAGGCCUUGGGGGGGUCCGGAGAGCCACCAACCUGCUCAGCAGACAGUACUCCCACUAUCUAACCUCCUACCCUGGGCUGCCUCUCUACCAUGGUCCCCUGGACCUCCAGGCCCAUUCCCAGGCAUCCAGCAACCACGCCAGCCCCAGCCCCGGUACAUACCCUAGUCCCAGCCCAGUAUGCCAGCUCUUGCCCUGUGGUGGCUUUCGAGGCCAGAGGGGGUUGCUGUACCAGGACAGUCUGUAUGGAGCCUAUGGGGCCAAUGGAGCCUACCAAGAGGACCAGGAUCCUGGCUUAGAGCCCCAGAGAGGAGAUACAUCAGUAGGUUUGAGGUCUGAGGACAGAUCCUGUGUGACCCAGCCCUGGGGACGCGUGUCUAGUCUGGAGUCAGAGGUCUGAGAGACACAGACAAACACUGCAGACUUUACAUACUGGAAUUUAUACAACAGAAUAUACCGUUUGACUUCCACCUUUAAGAUUUGUGAUCCACAGUGACCGUUUCAGAGGGAGGUGGGAUAUGUCUCAUACACAGAAACAUGUGCACAAAGGAUUUGUACAGUAAAGGUGGUAAGCUGAGGGGUAGGUAGGUUGGACAGUUGAACUUCCUUAUUCCUUAUUGAACAGACAAAGUAGAGUGUUUGACUAAAUGUUAAUUGGCCAUUUUGGAAAAAGCAUGAAAUUGAAAGGAUGUGUAGUGGAGGUGACUGUACUGCAGCUAGCUCAGCCUAGCACAGUGAUGCCCCUUUUUCUUCAAAUGUUACACUCUUAGAAAAAAGGUGCUAUCUAGACCCUAAAAUGGUUCUUCGGCUGUCCCUAUAGGAGAACCCUUUGAAGCACCCUUGGCUUUUUGAUGGAAUGUUGAAUUUACUUGCUGCUUUGAAACAUUAUAUUCCUGUGUUCUGUGCAUUGUAUUACGUGGCCACGAUGUACAGAGUCAGUAGUGUUGCUGUGUGGGACAGAUGCUCUCAAAGAUAGCCCAGAGAGCUGUGUGUGUAUUCUGUGUGUGUGUAUGUGUGCUGUGUGUGCUCUGUGUGUUGUCAGCCCUUGCCGGGUUAUUUCCUUCUCCACUGAGCCGAGCGAAAGGGGAACAUGUCUUCAGCUCUCCAUAUAAGCAAAUAACCUCCCACAACCAUACACACUAACAAGAUCACAGUUACCUGUAUCUAUUGACUUCUAUGUACAAGGCCAUGACAACCCAGCACUUUCUACAAGUAGGAGUACAGUUAAAGAAUCUGGAGAAGAAUUGCAAUGAAAAGGUUUCCGUUGUAGAUAUGAACACACUGUAUAUUGGUAAGGAAUACGGAAAGCUAAGGGCUGGACACAAUCCCUAUCGCGGAAGUAUUGAGAAAGAUCGGCAUUAAAAGGCAAAGAUAAUUUCCGAUUGAGCCGACAUGCAGGGUUUACUGUAAGUGCAGUCUCUGCAAAUGUGGGAACAUUGCCUAUAAUGAGCUAUAACGCGGAUCUUCCGUGAUACUGUGGGGAUACGGGUUGAAUCCUGCCCUUAGUGUGUGUAUCUACAGUGCAAUAAAAACGUUUCAGCUGUAGAAGUGAUCUGAGAAGCUAUAUAAUCCUGGAUGUUGAUCUGCGGUCAGUUUUGUGUUCCCACCCUGAUGGUUAAGGUAAGGUUUUAGGGAAGGUAGGCUGAUACUAGAUAUGUGCCUUCUCUGAGCACAUCACACUGGAUGGAUGAUACAUCCACAGCAGCACACAAUCUAAUAGGGCUUCUCAUCAGAUUUACAGUGCAUUCGGAAUGUAUUAAAACCCCUUGACCUCUUCCACAUUGUUUUUACAUUACAGCCUUAUUCUAAAAUGGAUUAAAUUGUUUUUCCCCCCCUCGUCAAUCUACACACAAUACCCCAUAAUGAAAAAGCAAA